AAUCUUCGAUUUAAAAAACCGCCCGACUGCUUCUACUACUUCCGAGUCCUUCGAGUCCUCUUAUUCCAAGUAAGUCUCUUUCUUUCUUCUUCCUCGAGUCAUGUCUGACCACGAAGACAGCCAGAACCCUUCCGCCCAUUCUUACGGUUCUGGUGACCGGGCUCAGACCUCCGGUUCCUCUUCUUCUUCAUCCUCUGAUUCUGAGCGCCCGGCUACUUCUCCACAGAAGAAGCCGGUUGAUGCUUCCACUUGUGCUCCUUCUUCUUCCGUGGCGCAAGUGAUCUCGGUUGCCCAACCUGGGGAUGAGGGCUUCGUUCUGCUGAACGACCGGUUGCUUCAAACGCAAUCAUCGGUCAUGCAGAAGGCCCAUGUCCACGAGGUGCGCAACCUGAUGCCGGACGGGUACCAAUUAACUUACCGGGCAACGUGGAAGAGCAUUAUUCCUCUCCACGCCGGUACGUCGAUUGGUAUCCAUUACCACUCAAUCAAGAACCUGGGCGAAUUCUCCAUUCACCUAUUCAAAGUCCUUUUCCUUGAAACAUACGGUAUCAUGCCCGGGCAGCUGGCCCCUAAUGGUCACCGUUUGUUGGGCAGCUUCAUCAAUGUCUGUCGGUUCCUUCGUAUUCCUCCUUCCCUCCGUCUCUUUGACCACAUGUUCGAUGUCCGGCCCGGGUCCAAGGAGACCCUUGGAUUCGUGGUGGUGUCUUCUCACCAAGGUCGGGCAUUUCUCUGUGGCCUUCCUCCCUCCAACAAGAGGUGGAAGGACAAAUACAUCUGCAUCAAAUUCCCCCCGGCUGCCUUUCCUUUUUCCCAAAACGUCUGGGGGAAAAGAAUGAAGCACCAGGUCAAACCAACAGAGGCCGAUGACCUGGUUGCCUGGGAAACCACUCUCCGGGCCGGGGAUGCCUCCACCCGCGGUCUUUACCAUGUCGGGAAGUGGAGCGUCUACCCCGGCCGGGAGACUGACCCUGAGCCGGAGAUUGUCCUGACUGGGGUGAUCCCCGAAGCCAUCCCCAUCAGCCGGGCGAAGGGAUCCAAAGCCCUGGCCACAGCCACCGCCGGUCCUUCACGCCCGGAGAAGAAGAAGGAGGAGAAAGUGGUGAAGUUCCAGUCGAAAUUUGUCAUCCCCCAGAUCGUGGUUGAGGACCCCUCCACUGCUCGGCCACUCAACCCCCCAACCAGCCAGCCUCUCUCUCUGGAGGAGCAGCCGGCCCAAUCCCACCAAGGGACCAGCCAGCCCAUACAUUCGGGGGAGCUCUACAUCAAUGUAGAUACCCUGGAGUUCGAUAACAUGAUGGGGGAAACCGGCCAUGCCUCUCAACCCCAUGAGGAUGAUGGCGAAGAAGAGGCUGCUGGAGAGUCCCUUCAGCGGAAGAGGCGGAAGACCGAGGAGGUCAACCAGCCAUCUCAUCAGGGGCCCCAGUCCUCCGACGCUGGCAAGGGACCCAUCGUGCCUCGAUCUGUGGCACUGAUGUCCCGGUCGGACGAAGAACUUUUCCAAGCUUUUCGUGCUGACCUGAGUGAGGUCGGCCGGAUCGGUGAAGAGUACUUUGCCCGGCUGGUGAAGUCAAAAGAUGAGGAGAAGGCCCGGAUGGAGGCCAUGCUGGUCGAAUGCAGGAAGGAUGCCCAGGCUGCCCGCGCCCAUGCGGAGAAGAUGGAGGCCAAAUGGGUAGAGCACUGCGCGGUCUACCGCCAACUCUACGCCAAGCACGACGGACUUCUAAAGGUCGCGAAAGAUGCUGAUGACCAAGCCCAGGCCAAGAUCCAGCUCCUGGAGGCUGAAAAUGCUCGGUCGGCUGAGGAGAUCGCCCGACUUGGAGAUGAGCUGGAAAAAGAGCGCUCAGAAAGGGCUUCUCUGGCUGCGGCAUGGGCUGUUCAGGCGCCUGAGGAGUUUACUGCCCAAGCGCUUCCUGACCGGGAGACCGCCAUCCACUUCUUCCAAGGCCUGUACAAGCACAAGGUGUCGGCCGGGAUCGUGGAUGAGAUCGGCACCUUUGGUUACGAGAGCGGUCAGUACACGGAGCGGCGGGCCCUCUAUGGCAUCCUUGAGCAGCGAAUCCAAGGAUUUCGUCCCAAGGCUCUAUCUCUGCCCGAUCUGCACGACGAGGAACCGGUCCCUCCAUUCCCGGGAAUCUGACUCCCCUGGCCUUAUCUUUUAUUAUAUAUUUUUUUUACUUCCCGUGUAAUGAUCUGCCUCCGGGCACUUUUGUAAGACACUUAAAUAUUAUUGCAAGUGUUUUUCUCCUAUAUUCUCUUCAACUUAAGAUUUUUAACCGUUUAGAUUAGUAAAUACAGCCCGGCCGCAUUUACCCGGUUUAAAAUACAAAUUUUACCCAAGGCUUUUCGAAAGGCUGGGUGGUCGACUGGGAAGACUUUGAGUUUCAUUAAUUUUCUUCCCGUCGGUUAAUAACCUGCAAUGGCAUAU